CUCCCGACUUCCGCUUCUGGGCGGUCACAUGCCUCUGCUCACGUGACCGGCGUUCCUGUCAUUCUACUUCAGCCGCUCGCGCUAGCUUCUGCCUGUGCAGCCCUCAACGUUUCUUUGGUGCUGGAACCUCUUCACUUUUCGGUAUCCGAGUGUGCCGCCGCCGCUCAGGCCUCCGGACCGGACAGGAGAGGUUCUGACUCGGCGCCCAGCCUGGAGGAGGCCCUGACGUUCCGGACCGACUGCCGCAUCCUCCCUGCAGCCAUUGGGUGCGUUGUAAGGUAUCUAGGAUUCGCGAAGUACGGCCUCAUUCAGGUUGUUUCGUCUCUGUCACCAGCCGAAGUGAAGCGAAACCUGCGGUUUCUCCACCUCCCUUGAAUUGAAAAUCUGUUGGAAAACAUUCACAAUCAUAAGAUUUAGAUGACCAAAAUGGAUAUCCGUGGUGCUGUGGAUGCUGCUGUUCCAACCAACAUUAUUGCUGCCAAGGCUGCAGAAGUUCGUGCAAACAAAGUGAACUGGCAGUCCUACCUUCAGGGGCAGAUGAUUUCUGCUGAAGAUUGUGAAUUCAUUCAAAGAUUUGAAAUGAAAAGAAGCCCUGAGGAAAAGCAGGAGAUGCUUCAAACUGAAGGCAGUCAGUGUGCUAAAACAUUUAUAAAUCUGAUGACUCAUAUCUCCAAAGAACAGACAGUUCAGUACAUACUAACUAUGGUUGAUGAUAUGUUGCAGGAAAAUCAUCAGCGUGUUAGCAUUUUCUUUGACUAUGCUAAACGUAGCAAGAACACUGCGUGGUCCUACUUUCUGCCAAUGUUGAAUCGCCAGGAUCUCUUCACUGUUCAUAUGGCAGCAAGAAUUAUUGCCAAAUUAGCAGCUUGGGGAAAAGAACUGAUGGAAGGCAGUGACUUAAAUUACUAUUUCAAUUGGAUAAAAACUCAGCUGAGUUCACAGAAACUGCGUGGUAGCGGUGUCCCUGCUGAAACAGGAACAGUCUCUUCAAGUGAUAGCUCUCAGUAUGUUCAGUGUGUUGCUGGGUGUCUGCAGCUGAUGCUUCGGGUCAAUGAGUACCGCUUUGCCUGGGUAGAAGCAGAUGGGGUAAACUGCAUAAUGGGAGUUUUGAGUAACAAGUGUGGCUUUCAACUCCAGUAUCAAAUGAUUUUUUCAAUAUGGCUCCUGGCAUUCAGUCCUCAAAUGUGUGAACACCUGCGGCGCUAUAACAUCAUUCCUGUUCUAUCCGAUAUCCUUCAAGAAUCCGUCAAAGAGAAAGUGACAAGAAUCAUCCUGGCAGCAUUCCGUAACUUUUUAGAAAAAUCAACUGAAAGAGAAACUCGCCAGGAAUAUGCUCUGGCUAUGAUUCAGUGCAAAGUUCUGAAACAGUUGGAGAACUUGGAACAGCAAAAGUAUGAUGAUGAAGAUAUCAGUGAAGAUAUAAAAUUUCUUUUGGAAAAACUUGGUGAGAGUGUCCAGGAUCUUAGCUCAUUUGAUGAAUACAGUUCAGAACUUAAAUCUGGAAGAUUGGAAUGGAGUCCUGUGCACAAAUCUGAGAAAUUUUGGAGAGAAAAUGCUGUGAGAUUAAAUGAGAAGAAUUAUGAGCUCUUGAAAAUUUUGACAAAACUUCUGGAGGUGUCAGAUGAUCCACAAGUCUUAGCUGUUGCUGCUCAUGAUGUUGGAGAAUAUGUGCGGCAUUAUCCACGAGGCAAACGGGUUAUUGAACAGCUUGGUGGGAAGCAACUGGUGAUGAACCACAUGCACCAUGAAGACCAGCAAGUUCGCUACAAUGCUCUGCUGGCCGUGCAGAAGCUCAUGGUGCACAACUGGGAAUAUCUUGGGAAACAGCUCCAAUCUGAGCAGCCUCAGACUGCUGCUGCCCGAAGCUGAACUGUGCUCUCCAACCUUACCAUUUAAUCUGUGACAGAACACCUGGAGUGUGAAUCUCAGUAGUUACAUAAUUUUUCAUUUUACUUAUAAUUUUCUUCUGGUAUAUAGCUUUUCCCACUGUUGAUAUGAUAAAAGUGUCCAUUAAAUUGUACAAAAGUAGAUGCUUUCUCUAUCUAAGGAAAAUAUUACUGUUACAUAUACUGCUUGUAAUUUCUGUAUUUAUUGUUCUCUGGAAGUUAAUACAGUUAUUAAAGGAUUCUCACUCCAAAUAUAGUUUUCUCUUUACUAGUUCCUUGCUUGGACUUUAACAAAUAUCUCUGUUGUCUCAAUGAAAUUGGGAGAAUUGUUGCAAAGUAAUGAAUGGCAAAUAUGUUUUGAAAUUAUAUGGAUCUGUAUGUAUCCAUCCAUCCAUCCUCCAACCCACCCGUGCAUACAUACACAUUGCUGCAGGCUUCUGCUAAUAUUUAGAAAGCUUUGAAAUAUCAAAUUAAUUUUUAAUAUGGUGCUAUGGUCCAAAAGAUUUGCUUAUGGACAUCAAUGAAGAAUUUUAGUUAGAUUGUUUUUAUUUCAUUUAUUUCCUGUACUUUUACUCUUGGAUUUUAGUACCUCAAAUCUGUUUUCUUUUAAUACUUUUUUGUUUAAGUAUUGCCAAUCGAUAUUUUAUUUCUAUCACUCCCAUCUUUAUUCUGGAGCUUCAGGCCUUCAGCAGGGCAUACAUGGGAUCCCCUCCAUCCCAAAUCUAAGCCUUUUGUUUUUUAACCUCA